UUUUUAUGUCAGAAAAAGGUGGAGACGGAACUAAUAUGUCAUUUCAAAUAAUUUAAUAUUUUUUAUAAUUAAAUACAAGGAAAUAAGUUAGUCAUUCGUGCUAACCCCAGCUGUCCUAAUAUUUUUCAACUCGCAUGAUUCUCAGCGAAACAUCUUGAUCGACCAACACAUUUCCCUGGGACAAACCCGGAACUAGUUUGUGUCUCUGUGGAUGGAGUCAGCAGGAUAGGACUGGAAACUUAUACCUCUCCAGUUUUGCCGUGUAGAGCGAUUUUCUACCACUGAGGUCACCAUCAACCCUAGUUCCAUCGCUCCGGAUGCAGAACAGGUCGAUGUAUUUGUACUGAGGGUUUGGGACAAUAAUGUUCUGCCUGUUUCAAGACGGUGGGGAGUUGGAGGACGAGCUGUACCGAGACGAUGACGGAGACUCGGAAAAGUCAGAGGUUGACAGCGAGGUGGAGUUCCACCUCUACAGCCAGCUCCACUACUCCUCUAAUGCUGGGGAGCUGGGGGAAGAAGUGGAGGAAGAGGAGGAGGGUAGUGGUCAGAAGGAGGAGAACCAGGAGAGUGGGAAAGCUCCAAGUGCUGAGGAGGAAGUGAAACCUGUUGAUGGUGUGGUUCUGCCCUCUCCUAACACCAGCAGUAUACAGCCACAUGUAAAGAAGCAAAAUAAGCCUGAAAAACAGAAGAAAAGAAAAAGUGAAUUAGAAGGUCAGGGGUCGUGCUCUUCACCUUUCGAAGAAGUGAUCGUGAUUGACUCCAGCCCUGACGUCAUCUCCCUGUCAGACGACGACACUGCUGAUGAUGAAGGAGUCUGUAGCUUAAAGGGUGGCAUUGAACAGAGGAGACUGCAGACGUCAACUCCAGCACAACAGAGGGGCCAGAAACAGGAGAGAAACUUCAGUGUUCCAGUGAUUGUGGACUCCAGCAGCUCAGAAUCUGAAUCUGAAUCUGAAUCUCAGUCUUCAGAUUCCUCAGACUCUGGGAAUUCCUUUGAAUCAGAGGUUCUGGAAAACUGGAUGAUUUUGGGCAAAGAGAAGCGAAAUGAAGAUCUGUCAAUCUCUCUCAACCUGGAAGGAGGAUAUGACAGCGAUACAGAUUGUGAAGAAGUUAGCAGCUGGUUGGUCUCUAACAAGGACAAGGAGGCUCAGAUCUAUAACAAGGACAAAGGAGCCAGGACUGUGCUGCAGCGAAUUCCCAGCAGAUAUUACACCAAUAAGAAUGUCCUCUGUAGAAACUGCAACAAGACUGGACACCUGUCAAAGAACUGCCCCGAACCGACGCGGUUGUCGCCCUGCUACCUGUGUGGAACUCCAGGACAUGUGAGCAGUGACUGUCCCAACAGACACUGCAACAACUGUGGACUGCCUGGUCACCUGUUUGACUGCUGCAGCGAGAGGCCGUACUGGCACAAACAGUGUCACCGCUGUGGCAUGAAGGGACACUUCUUUGACGCCUGUCCAGAAAUCUGGAGGCAGUACCACAUUACAACCAAGACAGGUUCUCCUGCGAAGCUGGAGGGACAGGACAAUGGUCGAUCUCCGGCCUAUUGUUACAACUGCUCCAGAAGAGGACACUUUGGCCAUUCAUGCACACAGAAGAGGAUGUUCAAUGGCGUCUUUGCCUCCAUCCCGUUCAUCAACCACUACGACACCCUGGAGGACGUCAAGCGCAGGCAGCACAGAUUAAAGCUGAAGGUUAAAGAACUGAAGAAAAAUGGUUGCUUCCCUGACACCCUGGAGACCCCUGUCACUCCUGGACCAGCAAAGAAGAAACAGAAGCUCAGUCACCACAGGGGUGACCAAACACCUAACAACCACAAACCCAGUUCCAGCCACAUCUUUUUCAAAGACAGCGAUGACAGAACCACAAAAACAAAUAAAUUCAACAAGUGCAAACAGCAGCAAAGCAGCGGCAACGCCAAACCGUGGAAACCCAAGAGACCAGUGCCAACCUCCAGAGACCCGCUCCCACCCGCUAGACUAAUUUUGGAUGAAGCAGAUGACUAUCCCAGAGGAGGAGCCAAAGAACAGUGGAAGGAGAAGAAAAAGUUCAAAAUGAAAAAGAAGAAGAAAACUCAGGGCUUUUCUAAAGGUGGACAUGAAGGCAGCAGACAAAACCAUCUCUUUGCAAAGCAAGGGUCAGGGUCUCAACAAGAGGCAGCAGAGAACAGGAAGAGGAGGAGGAGUCGGAAUAAAAGAAAUGCUGCCCAGAUGUAUCCGACUGAUGAGAACCUCUUCAUCAUCAAACAAAGGAGGCGCAGCAGAUAGCAUCGAUAAUUGUGUGGUGUCAAAGGUCGAGGACUUUAUGACGAGUAGGUUUGUGCCACUUAAGAGACGUGGCUCUCGUGUCUACAGAUUGGUAACUUCUUUUUAAUUUCAGGCCUGUGAUUUAUGAAUGGCUGAGAUAUUUAACUGAAAACACCUGUUAUAUUUCUCAUUGUAGAAAUAAUCAGUACUGUACUGACAACACACUGGUGGAAGUAGCAGUUGUCAUUGUGAACAUUGACACCCAAUGUUUAAUCCUGGAUUAGAACAGUUUUGGAUUGAUGAAUCCUCAUCAUAGGAAUUAUUCUGUUUGUGAAGUCAGUGUAAAAAUGAGGCUGACGUGUUCUUGGUCACCAGGUUCAGAACACAAGAAGAUAUUUAAUUUUUUGUUUAUGUCCUUCUCAUUUAGUGUCACAAAUUAAAAAACAUAACUGAAAAAUCCAACAGACCAGACAUGCAUACAUGUCACUGUUAGUGUUUUAUUGGGUUUUUCCCUCUAAAUAGGAAUCACUGUUUUCAACAAUGACUAAAACUAGUACUUGGCACAAAAGACUGUCAAAGAAAGUAUUCGUUCAUGUCAUAUCCACAGAUAUUUUUUAGACUUUUUCCAGACAGUUUAACACGGUAGUGGAUCAAGUGUGUCCAUUUUCUUUUCUUUUUUUAAGUCUGAUGUAGUGAUACAAACUUGCUGACUUCAAUGUAAAUUCUAGCAGACUGGUACAUGAUCUCACAGCUACAUUUUCCACCAGUCUGCAGUUCAGAGGAAUGUAAAGAAUUUUUAAAAUCAUGUGAUUUUAUUUCAAAUGCUUCAGUAAGGAAAUGCAGGUGACAAACAUUAGAUUCUGUCAUGUGACUCAUCCACAAGUUAACAGCAGUUAGCAUAGCUUGACCGGCAUUUGGACUUGACUAAUCUCUGACAUGUGCUACAUUUUUGGAUGGCAUCAUGUGGAGAAUAGCUAUUCUUUGUUCAGCAAACCUGUUCAUCACAGCAGUAUUAUAAAUUGCACUGAUGGCGUUCAUAGCUGAUCUUAUUUAAGUGCAAAAUAUUUUAAAUAACAAAACGGUGUCUUUUUUCAACAUUUCUUUGCUCAUAAUUCAUCCCAUAGUCCAGCUUCUGAUUGUCUAGUUUCUGAUAUAGUGACAUCCAGAGUGAAAGUUCAUAGGGCGUGAACAUGUAGUAUUUAUUUACAUCAGGCAGCAUCUGAGACGUUACAGUGAUGGUAAACGAAGAGGUGCCAAUGUGUUGACAAAAGGCAGUUCAGAGACAGCAUUUUCAUCAGUAUCAGUGUCACAUGGCCACGUUUAUAUGAUUCAAUGGACAAAAUGUGAUGUAGACGUUCUCUCCCUGAUUCAAUGAAAUGAUAAUGACUGCAGAAAAGUCAAUAUUUAGUAAGCACAGGAUUUUUGCCUUCGGUAAAUAAAAUUCUGUGGGAGUUUAGUGAAGUUAUUUUACUGUCUUUCUUUGAGUGUGAAACAUCAGUGGAGGAGGAGUUUAGGUCUUAGUCCCAUGUUCUGUCCAGAAUGAUAACCACAGAUUUCAACUCUCACUGUAAUUACUCCAAAAGUGUUCAUUCAUUUAAAGAAUACAACAAACAGUACUACAGUGGUUCUGCUGUGUCUGCGACAGGCUUCAGAUCAUACAGAUCAUACGUGAUGUGGAUUUUAAUUUGACUAUGUUUUUUUGCAGUAAAUUAAUGAAACAAAACAA